AUGGGGACCACCUCCCUUGCCGCCGCCCGCUCCUCCAUCGGCUUUUUCUCUGCCUCCAGCCACCGCCGCCGUCCCUGUGGGCUCUGCUUCCCGUCGAAGGCCCGCCCAUCGCUGUCUCUCCGUCGUGGUAAUGGCGGCGUCCUUCGUUCCCCCGGGAGCGAUUCUCGAUGCUUCUCUGUGAAAGCCUCCUCGUCGGGUGAUGAGCCCUUGGAGGUCUGCGUGAAGGCCUCCAUUAACUACCCCGACAAGCUUGGCGACUGUAAGAAAUCUUCCCAGUUCACAGUGUGUUACUUGUGUUUUGCUCCUUGAACGAUCGGUUUGGGAAUUCUCGCUGGAGGAAACUAGAGUGAGGGGUUCGAAAAAUUCUUUUUUUUGUUUUGUUUUUUUGCUCUGAUUUAAUUUUUUUUCCUUUUCCUAUCAUCAUUUGAUAAUUCCUCCUCCUAGAGAAUCUAUCUUUGGAAGAUUUUGAUGAUCAUGGAACCCAAUGUCUUUUCCCCACAUGGGAAAUAUACAUCACUUUGGUACAUUUCCUUUUCAGGUCCCUUCACACAAAGAGUUUUGCUGACGCUUGAAGUGAAGCAGCUUCCUUAUCACAUAAAAGUAGUAGACCUCGCUAAUAAGCCUGAAUGGUAAACAGAUCUGCCAAAGUUUCCACUUUAAUACCCCGGGAAUUCUGUUCAUAGAUUUUCUUUUUCUUCAUUGUCAUAUUUUUUAUUUAGGUUUCUGGAGAUCAGUCCAGAGGGCAAGGUCCCUAUUAUCAAACUUGAGGAGAAAUGGGUUGCUGAUUCAGAUGUUAUUACCCAAUCUUUGGAAGAGAAGUACCCUAAUCCUUCUUUAGUGACGCCACCUGAGAAGAAAACUGUGUACGUGCUUUAUUACAACCAAUUUUAGUAAUACUUUAAUACUCAUAAUAGUGUUAUAUGGGGAAGUUUUAAGGGUGUUAGAAUACUCUCUUCUUAGGAAAGAAAAAUAAAACCCUGUGAUUUACGGUUGAAUGGUGUAAUUCUUUACCAUUUGUGAGUUGAGCGAAGAUACUAUUUGAAUCAUACCUCUCCCUCAUUGGUUGAAGAAUCCCAUCCCACCUGAUUCGAUUUCAACAUAUUAGUGGUAUAAUGGGACAUCAAUUUGGGCUUUGUUUAAUACACUUUGUUUCAUCUUUUUUUUUUUUCUUUUAAGAAGGAAUUAGACAGUUUCAUUGAUGAGUAUAUAUUCACACGUAUGAACUGCUGUUGGUUAUCAUCUUUACCUGUGAAAGAUGGAUUUAGAGUUGUCCUUCAGAUAUUGAAAACUCUGAUUCUUAUGCCUGAAGAUUGGAAAGGAAAACAUGGUCUCUCAAUCAUAGAUUUAUGCACAAGAUCAUUUCUUUCAGCUGAUGAAUCAUAGGAGCUCCAAAUAUUCCGCAAUAUCGUUGCUUUGGCUUUCCUUUCAGUUGUUGAAUAAUAGGAGCUCCAAAUAAUUAAAAAAUAUCAUGUCAUUAACAUUAAUAUUUCAGCUGCAUUUUACUUUUAUUUCUCAUCCCCGCUGCUAUAUUGGGAGUAAUUUACAUCAAUGUAAUGUGCAUUUUUCAUAUUUCUUUGCCUUCUUUAUUCAUUUAAUGAAUCGAACUCGCUUUUUUAUUUUCACCUUUGAGAGCUAAAUUGACCUCAUCUUUCUAUUUAUAUAUUUUUAAUCUUUUUCUAUUAAUCAUUACAAUAUUGUGUGUUCUUUUGGGAGAACACCUUGCAGAAAAUAUUCUUCAAACAAAUUAAAUAAUUUUUAGAAGAUUUUUCCACCCUGCAGUGGAUCGAAAAUCUUUCCCACCUUUGUUGGUUUUUUGAAGAGCAAAGAUCCCACGGAUGGAACAGAACAAGCUUUGCUAGCUGAGCUGACAUCCUUUAAUGACUACAUCAAAGACAAUGUAAGGUUUUUUCUCUUAUUAUUGAGAUUUAUCUAGUGUUGUUUGUUUACAUUGGCAACAUCAGGAUACGCCAGGAAUGUAUUCAGGAAUUCCAUUCAUGCUUAUAUAAGACUACAAAAAAUUCUUAAUACAAUUGAUAAAUCAUAAAUUAGCACUGAUUAAUGUAUUGUAUUUUGAUUUCUAUUUUUUUUUCAUUCUUGUUCCAUUUCUAUGUAUUACUAAAAUUUUGAUUCGGAAUGGCCGAAGACUGUGUAGGAUUCCUUCUCUCUCUUCAUCUUUCAUGUGAUAUUCUUGAGAUUUAUCAAGUGUUGUUUACUUAUAUAGGCAACAUCAAGAUAUCCCUGCAAUGUAUUGCAGAACGCCAGGCAUGCUCAUUAACGGUACUCUGAUUAAAUAAUACUUCAGUAACUCUAAAUAUAGUUAUUAAAACAUAAAACCGAAUAUUCAGUUGUGUAUAGUCCAUAAUUUUAUUUAUGUUCUUCUCUCAAGCAUAGAGUUAAUGCAUAUUUAUCUUUUUUUUUAUUCAUUAGUAUAUUGAGCGGGAUUAUGCAUGGAAUUUUGUGGCUCUGCUUUCCACCAAUCCCUUUGCCUUAAUUGUCUCCUUUUUUUUUCCUUACGUUUUUUUCUUUAAUAAAUUAAUGUGAUAAUAUAUUAUUACAAAUAAAUAAAUAAAAAAGAACUCUGGUGAUUGAUUGAUUCAGGGUCCAUUCAUCAACGGGGAGAGGGUUUCAGCAGUGGACCUCUCCCUCGGUCCCAAGCUUUACCACCUUCAGAUCGCUUUGGGGCAUUACAAGGGCUGGUCCAUCCCGGAGUCUCUUUCAUAUGUCAAAGACUAUAUGAAGGUAUGUGCUGGGAAAGAUAGGGGUCCAUAUUUAUUUUUUCUGAUUUUUUUCCUUAAACAGCCUUCAAUUUAUGCUAUGAGUGUUCAUGUCUUAUGUUAUGUAUGCAUAUUUAGACCUGCCCACCUUGUCUGCUGCUCUGGGCCGUGUAAGCAAGAGAGAGAGAGAGAGAGAGAGAGAGAGAGAGAGAGUAACCUUUCUCUAUGCUAUGAAUGUUCAUGUCUUAUUUUAUGUAUGCAUAUGUUUAUUCAUUUGCAUAUUUAGACCUGCCUACCUUGUUUGCUGCUCUGGGCCAUGUAAGCACUUCCUGAGCAGGAGAGAGAGAGAGAGAGAGAGAGAGAGAGAGAGAGAGAGAGAGAGAGAGAGAGAGAGAGAGAGAGUAACCUUUCUCUCUGUAGACCCAGUUGGGAAAAAGGGUGCGGGAGAGGUAACCUUUCUUUUUCUUGUUGUCGCUUGUAUCAUUUCUACUGUCAACAUAAACUUAAAAAAGAAAAAUUUUCCAACUUUAGUCGAUUGAAUCAUUUGAUCACCGUUGACUUUUGUUUCAGAGAAUUUUCUCGAUGGACUCGUUCAUCAAAACACAGGCCUUGAAAGAGGAUGUCAUUGCCGGGUGGAAGUCAAAGGUCACUGGCUAG